CAGAAGCCUUCAGGCACAAUUUACACAAUGGCAUUGAAGUUUGAAGCUACCUGCCCUGAAGGUCUCUGCCCAGGAUGGAGUAUUAUUGUAAAAGGAGAGGCACCUACCACAGCCAAUAAGUUUGAAAUUAAUUUGAUGUGUGACCGAGAUGACCGCAUCGCAUUUCAUUUUAACCCUCGUUUCUCGGAAUCAGACAUUGUCUGCAAUUCAUAUGUGUCAAAUCGCUGGGGUCAAGAAGAACGCUCCAAUAAUUUCCCCUUUGGAGCUGAAGAGCCAUUUCAGGUUGAAAUUUACUCUGACAAUGAAAACUUCCAUGUUUUUAUUGAUGAUUCCAAAAUUCUGAAGUACAAGCACCGAUUAGAAGAUCUGAAAACAGUCACCAAAGUGCAAGUGACACACGACAUCAAUAUCUCCUCUGUGGAAAUCACAAAGAAACCGUACUAUUAAGACUUCCAAAGAUGGGAUGGAUGGGAGUUAAUGUUAAGUUGUCAAGCAGACUUUGCUGAUCAGUUUUGGAGUCUAUCAGUGUUUGCACUUUUGCCGUUAGAUUUUUUGAAGCAGACCUGAGUACUGAAGUGGAAUGGAGGUUAGUCAAAUCACUUGCACAGAGAGCACUCCUGCUAAGAGCUUCCAUGAAUCCAUUUUUGCUGUGGAAAAGGUUGAAUGUAUUGAGAGACGGCUGAUGAAAAU